CGGCUUUCGACUCAGUAUCCCUCGAGCAAGCGCCUUGUCCGUACCCUGCGGACGCACCGCUCCGUCGUCCGAGCAACUCAGCUCAGCUCAGCACAGCAGAAGCGCCCAGUCUUCGGCCGCGCUCACAGUCGUCGUUUUCCAGGCACACGCAAGCCGGUCGUCCAGUCCACCUGCGGGCGAGAAGCAGCCGCCGAGACGCGUAACCCGGUGGCUCUCCCUCGUUACUCUCCUUCCGCAGUGCCGGUGCGCGGAGCCGCGGGCCGCCAUCGGCUCUCGCCCCGUAAGUGAUUUAUGACUGACGAGUGUCGUGGGAUCGAAGCAGCAGAGACCGCGGCAGCGAUAAACAAACGAGUGCGUCGGUGCUUCCGCCGCUCGAGUCGAGUGCAGCAUCAGCAGCGGCAGCAGCCAGUGUUGAGAAGCGGCGCUCUGAAGAGACGGGCCCGCGCGCGAGGAGAGAAGAAGAGGUCACGAGUUCUCCAGGUCAGGUCGCGGGGCACAGGCAGCCGAGAGCCUGCCGUCGCCACCGCCGCUCGCGCGAGCGCGAGAGAGUUUCGCCGCAUACCGCUGCUAGAGAGUAUCUUGCAGCAGCAGCAGUAGAAGGUGCACGCCGUGUGUAGAGGCCCAACGGCGGGGGGAAAUAUCACCUUCGCCUCGUCGCCAUCUUCGAUGUAUCCCCGCAGCAGCCUCCAGAGAUCCGAGCGGUGAACGUACGCCGUGCAUAGAGUGAGAGAGACGAGCUGAGCUGGCUCCCCGUAAGUGGAGCGCGCGGGUCGUGGGAGAGCGCGAUUGCGAUUUUCCAUACGCUCUCUGCCCUCGUCACACGUGUUGUGCGUGACGCGAGCGAGACGAACGAGACGACUGCAGCGGCUACCGGCCCUCGCGAGCGAACAAAGAGCGGCGCGCAGGUGCAGCAGCGCCGAAUCGCAGAGUGCGCGAGUGGUGAACGUAAAUACGUAAACACGUACCUAUGUACCUAAGUACCUAGAAGUGCCCCGCAGUGUCUGUCCCCACGUGUGACUUCGGUCGAGCAAGAGUGUGUAGCCGGUACGGCCCCCGGACGAGACGGUUCGAGCGCCGAGAGGUUCACCUGUUGCAUGCAGAGCAGCAGCCAGCGUGCCGCGCGAGCGCGAGACGAGGGAAUUUAGCCCCCCGGCUCUCGAGCGAAAAGUGCCAGUGCUGGAUUCAUUGAGUGUUGUAUAAGUGCGCCGCCGAUUUGCCUAACUCGAGUCUACUACUGAGUGCCAGACGAAAGAGUGUAUAUUGUAUAAUUUUGAUGAAAAGUAAAUUCGAGUGACCGGAGCUUCGAUAGCGAGUGUCGCCUCAGCUCAUCGACGCCGACACAGCAAGCGAGUAGACCUGCGCUGGCCUGGAGUGUUGCGCGGGCCGCGAGUGGAGCAUACGACGAGUGGUGAUGCGGUAGUCGCGGGAUUCCCGAGGGAAGCCAUGAGGGCGGCCGCCGCCUACGUCCUGCUUCUUGCCCACCUCAUACAGGCGACAACCGGUAGCGGAUUCUUCGAGGUGCAGAUCCUCUCGCUGACGAACAACCGGGGCACACUGGUGGACGGGCGAUGCUGCGGGGGCGGGGGCAGGAGCAUCAUCAGCAGCAGCAGCAGCAACAGUCAGCUGCAGUCGCAGCAUCACCCGCCAUGCACGACGCCCUGUACCACCGCCUUCUGGCUCUGCCUCAAGGAGUACCAGUCCAACGUCACAGCCAUCGGCUCAUGCAGCUUCGGCAACGUAUCUAGUCAAGCCCUCGGCCAGAACACAUUCACUCUCACCGAGCCUGUCACCCUUCAGCUACACUUCACCUUCAGAUGGACGAGACAAUUCACGCUGAUCUUGCAAGCGAGGGACGAAGGAAGCGCUGGCGUGAUCGAAGAGGCGAGCUACAGCGGUAUCGUGCUGCCCGGACCCACGUGGCACACGCUCAACCACCAGGGCAGGAACGCCCACCUCGCGUACCGGGUGAGGGUGCAGUGCGCCGAUCACUACUACAACGCGACCUGCACAAAACUGUGUCGGCCGAGGAACGACAUCUUUGGCCACUACACGUGUGACGAGAACGGAGACAAAGUCUGUAUUCAGGGAUGGAAGGGCGCCGACUGUGAAAUCGCUGUGUGCAAGGAGGGCUGUCACCCGGUGCACGGCCACUGCAACGUCUCGGGCGAGUGCAAGUGCCGGCACGGCUGGCGCGGCGAGCUCUGCGACCAGUGCACCCCCUACCCGGGCUGUAAGCACGGCUACUGCAACGGCUCAAGCUGGCAAUGUAUUUGCGACACCAACUGGGGCGGCAUCCUCUGCGACCAGGACCUCAACUAUUGCGGCACCCACGAGCCCUGCCAGAACGGCGGCACCUGCGAGAACACGGCGCCCGACCAAUACCGCUGCACCUGCCCCGACGGCUUUUCUGGGCCGACCUGCGAGAAGGUCGAUAACCCUUGUGCCUCCAACCCCUGCCUCAACGGCGCGAGCUGCACCGAGCAGGGUGAAACGGCGCUCUGUAACUGCACCGCGGGCUUCACCGGCCCAUUUUGCGCCACCGACAUCGACGAGUGCGCCUCGCAACCUUGCCUCAACGGCGGCACUUGUGUCGACGGCCAGAACGGCUUCACCUGCAAUUGCCCCCCGGCCUGGCAAGGCAGCACCUGUCAGUUCGACGUCGACGAGUGCGCUCUCGCCGAAUCGCCCUGCAAGAACUCCAUCACGUGUUACAACCACGCCGGCGACUACACGUGCAAAUGCAGGAGCGGCUUCACGGGCAAGAACUGCACGCGCAACAUCGACGACUGCGUGGGACAGUGUCAGCACGACGCGCUCUGCAUCGACCUCGUGAACGACUACCACUGCUCCUGCACGCCAGGCUACUCGGGCAAGGACUGCGAGAUCGACAUCGACGAGUGCGCCUCCAAGCCCUGCCAGAACGGCGGCGAGUGCCGAGACCUCGUCAACGCCUACGAGUGCGUCUGCCCGGUCGGUUACACCGGCUUCCAGUGCGAGAUCGAUCGCGACCAUUGCAGUCCCGAUCCCUGUCGUAACUCGGCCCAGUGCUUCAACACUCAGACGGACUACUACUGUCACUGCACCUCCCAGUGGCAGGGCAAGAAUUGCUCCGAGCCGGCCGCCCACAGCAACCAGGUGGGUCUGUUCGACGACAGUCUCGGCUGCGGCAACGAAGGCACGCCUUGCGCUGGUCGGGGCCGAUGCAGCAAUGGCCAGUGCAUCUGCGAUCCUGGCUACACGGGGAUCCACUGCCACGAAAACAUCAACGACUGCCGCGUCAAUCCCUGCCUAAACGGGGGCACCUGCGUCGACCUCGUCAAUUCCUUCCAGUGUAUCUGCAGAGAGGGCUGGACCGGUGAUCUUUGCGAUCAAGACGUGGACGAGUGCAUGAAUUCGCCGUGCCGAAACAACGGCACCUGCGUCGACGGCGUCGCUGAUUUCACCUGCAUUUGCCGCAACGGCUGGAAAGGCAAGACUUGCGCGCUUCUCGGAGGUCACUGUGAACCCGGGACUUGCCGACAUGGUGGUACUUGCCAAGAUCGAGGCGACGGCUUCACGUGUCACUGUCCACAAGGUUGGGAGGGUGCCGCCUGUCAUAUCGCUUCGCCGGCCUGCGCCUCCAGUCCUUGCGAGAACGGCGCGACCUGCGUCAACAGCGCGGACGGUGGUUAUCGCUGCAUCUGUCGCGAAGGCUUUGAGGGCGCCAACUGUCGCAGAGAUGUUGACGACUGCCAGCCUUUGCCUUGCCUCAACGGAGGCCGCUGCGUAGAUGGUGUUAAUUGGUUCCGCUGCGAGUGCGCGCCAGGUUUUACUGGGCCUGACUGCCGCAUCAAUGUCAACGAGUGCGCUAGCGACCCAUGCACCAAUGGAGCCACUUGCGUCGACGGCAUUGCUAGCUACUCGUGCGUAUGCCCACCAGGACGUACGGGUAGCCAUUGCGAGAUACGUACCGCCGGUGGCCCCGGAUGUCUCGCCGCCAGUUGGGAUGACGACUGCAACGCCUGCGAGUGCAGAAACGCUAAAACUCAAUGCAGCAAUGUCUGGUGUGGUCCAGGCAAUUGUCUCAAUGGAACCUCUUGUCUGGCCCACGAAGUGUGCGUACCCUCGCCUGGCGAGAGCUGCCUCGUUCCUCCCUGUCCGCCCUGGGGCGAGUGCAGGCCUGUGGAGACUGGAAGAAGAGUCGGCCCGCCGGCUCUGCCUGCGCCGCCGUCCUGCUGGCCCGGACAGGCCACUCCUGGUCCAACCUGCGCAAGACUGACUAUCCUGCUGAGGAGAGACUCUCUGGCGUCAGGCACGUCUGUCGAGUUGCUCUGUAGACGACUUCGUCGCCUCUUGGCCGAUCCAAGACGACCACAGUCCGUGGUAUUACUGUGUGAUUUGAAACCUGGAGAUAACGACACGAUCGAGGUGACGAUAUUCUCGGAGGCUGCGGGCGCAGCUGCACGUGAUCUUGGCGAGGCCUUGAGUCGGCCACUCGGCAGGCCGUUCGCCCUGGCUUCGGUCGUCGAAGUCAAGGUCGAGACAGCUUUGCUAAGCAGUGACGGCAAUGCAGCCGGUGGAAAUGGAGGAGGCUAUCUUGCCGUACUUGGAGGAGCCUUAGCAACAGUGCUACUCUUAGCGAUACUCGUCGGCCUAUGGUAUCUCCGAUCGACGAGGCAGCGAUCUGGCUUGACAGCGACGACAAGCAGCGAAACAUCAUUGCACAGGCACAGGAGCGAUCUCGACGAGAAGUCGAAUAACUUGCAAAAUGAAGAGAACUUACGAAGAUACGCGAAUCCCCUUAAGGAUCAGGACGGCGAGCCAAGGGUCUCAGUUGUGAGGCCACUUUCCGGAACAUCAUUAGGACCCUUAGGACCUGGCGAGGAAAGUCUGGAAAUGGUUAGCGAAGAGGGCAGACAUAGGUUGCCGCCGCUUUAUAAGCCACCUUGCGCUGAAAUGAGGAACAACACUGCCAGCUUUAGCUACGAGGAAGGGCCGCACAAACCGUACAGUAAGCCGAGACUGCAGGAGCCAACAUACAACAGUUCGCAUCAUCAGCCUGGCACGAGUCAAACGCCGAAUCCACAGCAGAUGCUUACGGUGCAUGUCUGAAUAUUCAUCCGAGUGCUUAACGUAUUUACUGGUAUUCGAAAACCGAGUUCGAUGACCGGUGAGUUUCAAUGAAAAGUGAGGAACUAUUUCUACGUUUACUUGUAGACACUACACGAUUAUGUGUGACUGAGAAGAGCGAAUUUUUUGUAAUAUGAAAAGAUAAAAUUUGUGUAACCAAGUGA